GGAAGCCUGGCCAAAAUGGACGAAUAAGCGUGACAUCGAUAGGCCAAUCAGCCUGACCACGGCAAUGGAGAAUAUUUUAGAGACAAAAUCUGGGGCAAGGUUAUUCAACGCUUCGGGAAAAGUAAAGUUAAUCAGUAAAAGCCAUAAAGAAGCUAUUCCAGUUUCAACCAGGUGUUGCUCGCUGAGUGUGUCUGUCUGUAGCCCCGAGGGUGGGGGAAGAGGUGAUUGAAAGAUCUGAUGAGAGGGACACCAGGACACAUUCUACCAUGGCAGCAGGAACAGAGGGUUUGGAAGGCAUAGUCAUGAGUCCCAGUCAGAUCAGUAUGAAUGUGACUGACACUACAGCAUGGGCCACUGCGAUGAACAACCUGGGGAUAGCACCAGUCGGACUCACUGGCCCACCACUGGUAUCAGAUCCCAUUUGUGUUCCAACGUUUGACCAUGGCCUUGGAUUAAUGACAGGAAUGGCUCCAGUCAACCCAAUGAUGACCGGCAUCAGCCUGCUACGACCAGCAGUCCCUCCUGGUUUAUCCGUCAUGAAAGAGAUCAUCCACUGCACAAGCUGUACCCUCUUUCCCGCCAAUCCAAAUUUGCCCCCCCCAGCCACUCGCGACCGUCCACCCGGCUGCAAGACGGUGUUUGUGGGGGGCCUGCCGGAGAACGCCGGUGAGGAUGAGAUCCGCGAAGUCUUCGAGAAGUGCGGCGAGAUCACGGCCAUCCGCAAAAGCAAGAAGAACUUCUGCCACAUCCGCUUUGCCGAGGAGUUCAUGGUGGACAAAGCCAUCUACCUGUCAGGCUACCGCAUGAGGCUGGGGUCAAGCACGGACAAGAAAGACACAGGUCGGCUACACGUGGACUUUGCUCAGGCUCGGGACGAUUUCUACGAGUGGGAGUGUAAGCAGCGGAUGUUGGCCCGGGAGGAACGCCACCGGCGCAUGCUGGAGGAUGAACACCUGAGACCACCCUCCCCUGCACCAAUUGUACACUAUUCGGAGCACGAGGCCAGCCUCAUGGCUGAGAAACUCAAAGAUGACAGCAAGUUCUCGGAAGCCAUCUCGGUGCUGCUGGCCUGGUUUGAACGGGGAGAGGUGACCCGUCGCUCGGCCAACAAUUUCUACUCCAUGAUCCAGUCCGCCAACAGUCACAGUCGCAGGCUGAUGAGCGAAAAGGCAGCGCACGAACAAGAGAUGGAAGACGCCAAAGAGCGAUUCAAAAACGCUUUAGCGCGGAUCCUGACUGGAUUUGAGCAGAUUGUUGCAGUAUUCAAGGCUGCCUCGAAGCAAAAGGCUUGGGACCAUUUUACAAAAGCUCAACGCAAGAACAUUGAUAUGUGGCGAAAGCAAGCUGAGGAAAUCCGGAAUGUGCACAGUGAAGAACUGAUGGGAAUUCGUCGCGAAGAGGAAAUGGAAAUGUCUGAUGAUGACUACGAAGAAAGCCCAAGUAAAUUAGUCCCUGUGGAGGAGUCUGCGAACCCACGAUUGGUGCCUAUACUGAAUCCACAGGUGGUUCUUGUUGUAAAUCCACAGCCAGUGCCUGAAGUGAAUGUACAGUUUGUUCCAGCAGUAAAUCUACAGUCGGUGCCUGUACUGAAUCCACAGUCGGUGCCUGUAGUCAAUCCACAGUCAGUGCCUGUAGUCAAUUCACAGUCGGUGCCUGUAGUCAAUCCACAGCCAGUGCCUGAAGUGAAUGUACAGUUUGUUCCAGCAGUAAAUCUACAGUCGGUGCCUGUAGUCAAUCUACAGUCGGUGCCUGUAGUCAAUCCACAGUCGGUGCCUUUAGUCAAUCUACAGCUGGUGCCUGUAGUCAAUCCACAGUCGGUUCUGUAUACACAGAAACCAAUACACAGUGGAUUCCUGUAG